CCCUUUUCCCUCUCUCCACCCUCUCCCCCUCUUUCUCUCUCUUGCGACCUCAAUGUAUACAGUAUACUUAGAGCGAGAGUGAGAGAUCACAAAAAGGAGAGGGAGAGAGAGAGAGAGAGGCGCCGGAGAUGCCGACGUGGCAGAUCCUCCCGGCCGCCGACGGCGACCUACGGUGGGUCGCCGCGGCCGCCAGCGGCGAUCCCUGCCCUCCACCAGAAGCGACGCCGCGGCCGCCGGAAACCCUAGUUUCCAGAGACGAUAACCAUCCCAUUCCAAACCAUAGGCUCCCCUCCAUGGCCGACCUACUCCUUCAAGCUCGCCCGAAGCUUCUAGAAGUUGGCGCCGAACAAUCCGGUGCCAGAGCUCCUCUGAUGUUCCGCAUGGGGACGGGGAGGUCGGUGUCGCUGAGCGAGAGCUCGAUUCGGAAGGCGAGGGCCGUUCUAGAAGGAGAAGGAUCUGAAAUGAGAGGAGGUGAAGGGUUGGGAGAUGGGAGUGGUCGAUUCCCGAUGUUUCGAACUGGGUCUGGGAAAUCUGUUACAGUGAAGCGGUCUUCAAUUCGGAAAGCUGCAUCUGUUCUUGGAGGAGAAAAUGAGGAGAAUGAUGUUGGAACAAUUCUAGAGAGAGGUGGGGGUAGUGGAGACUUUCCCAUGUUUCAAACUGCGUCAGGGAAGCCGGUGACUGCGAAACAAGAUUCAUUUAGGAAGGCUGUUGCUAUUCUUGAAGGAGAGGAUAUGACGAAUGAGGGUGAUUUGGGCUGCGGGGCUUUUCCCAUUUUUCAAACUGGAUCAGGGAAGCUAGUGUCUGUGAAACAGGAUUCAUUUAGGAAGGCUGUUGCCGUUCUUGAAGGAGAGGAUAUGAAGAAAGAUUAUGAAGAAAGUUUGGAGGGGGCUGGUGGUAGUCACAUUUCAAUGUUCCAUAACGGACAGGUCAAAGUAUUGAAUGUGGCACGGUCAUCAGUUCAAAAGGCAACAGCUGUUCUUGCCAAAGAGGAUGUGGAGAAAGAUACUCCAAUUUUAGAAGGCCGCUGGGGCAAUGAUGAUUUUCCUAUGUUCCGUGCUGGAAAGGGGAAACCAGUUAACGUGAGCCAAUCCUCAAUUACGAAGGCAGCAGCUAUUCUUGAACGAGUGGAUACAGAGAAAGCAUCACUUGACAAUCUUCAAGGUUGUGAGGAUAAUGGUGAUGCUUCCGUGUUCCACAUUGGAUUGAGGAGUUCCAUUUCAUUGAAACAUUCUUUAGCUAAGAAGGCUAUGUCUGUUCUUCAAUACAAAGAUAAUAUGGAGAAAGAUGAACUACAUAAAUACAACAUAAACGGACAACUUUUCCAGACAAGCUCUGUGGAAGCAGUAAAUGUUUCUUCAGCUGGCCUUUCAAGAGCUACUGCUUUGCUGGGUUUGGAGAGAAACGACCUUGCUAGCGCACAAAGUUUUGGUCAUUCUGAGGAUCAGUUAGGUAACCUAGUUUUAGGAGAUGCAUGCCAAAUCCCUCAAGGGUCUGAGGUGCCUACAUUUGGUGCCAAAUCUCUCGAGGGUCUGAGGGCCCGGCCUCCUAUCAUGUUCCAAACCGCCAGGGGAAGAUCUGUAUCUAUUUCUAGCAAUGCAUUACAGCGUGCAAGGAGCCUUCUUGGGGACUCAGAUUUGGGUGUCUUGCAGAAUGAUAUAAAAGCAAGUCACCCAUUAACAUUUGAUCCUAAAGAUAAGAAAUCAUUUGAUGGGAUCUCUCGUAACAAAGAAAACAUUACUUUCGAUCCUUUCCAGGACAUCCCUGCAAGCAAAAAUGUGUUGACAAAUUUAUCAUAUUUUCUGCCAGUACAUGAUGCAGACCAACUGAAUGCCAAUGGAACUCUUCUGAAGAGUAGAAACUGCCCAAGUUGCAAAACUAUUCCUAUGCUGAAUCCUCAGCACAAGGGCUUAUAUACAAAUAAUGUAAUUAGCACUGUGAAGAUGACUCAACAAAGCCGGAUACCAAGUGGACCCCUAGUUGAAAUAUCUAAUCUCAUAGGUGUGGAUAAUGGAAAUAUGGAUCGGUUUACUACUGAAAAGAGAAGGCUUGGAAGAAGAAACUCUAUCUCUCCAUUUAAAAGACCACGCACUUCUAGGUUCAUGACUCCUUUAAACAGCAGCUCAUCUUUCUUCUCAACUGGUUCUUCUGAACUAUCUACAAUACAUGAGGGCUGCCGCCAAACAAGAUUGUCUACUCGCUAUCCAUUUCAUCAGAAUAGGAAAAAUAUGAAAGAAUUUUUUGGUGGGCCACCUCACAAUAACCCGAUGUGUGACAUACCAGAUGAAGUUAAACGUAUAAAUGCUGAUAAUGCAGCAAAGUUUGAAUUUCAUGGUGCUUCUAGUUGUGCUGGGAUCGGGUCAGAAGCAUUUCAGCAUAUGCUUCUUCAAUCUGGUGGUUCAUUAUCGAGCGCAACUAAAGAGUGGGUUGCAAACCAUUACAAAUAUAUUGUCUGGAAACUUGCUUGCUUAGAGAGAUGCUAUCCAGCUGUAGCUGGUGGAAAGUAUCUAACAGUUUCUAACGUUCUUGAGGAAUUGAAGUAUAGAUAUGAAAGAGAAGUUAACUAUGGGCAUCGAUCAACAAUUAAGAAAAUUCUAGAAGGCGAUGCUUCGCCAGCUUCAGCGAUGAUUUUGUGUGUUUCAGCUAUUCGUUCUCAUUCUGAUCAUGCUGCCAAAGUUGAACUAACUGAUGGGUGGUAUCCGCUUGAUGCUGUUUUAGAUGUAUCACUUUCAAAACAGCUACAAGCUGGGAAGCUUUUUGUGGGACAGAAGCUUCGGGUCUGGGGAGCUGCUUUAUGUGGUUGGGUUGGACCUAUUUCUUUUCUCGAGGCAUCAAAUACUGUCAGUUUAUUGAUACAUAUAAAUGGGACGUUUAGAGCAACAUGGGAUGAGCCACUGGGAUUUUGUAAGGGUCCUGGGCCUCCAUUGGCAUUUAGGUGCAUUAAGAGUUAUGGUGGUAUAGUUCCUAUGACAUUAGUUGGUGUUACAAGGGUUUAUCCUCUUCUCUAUAAGGAAAGGUUCCCUAAUGGUGGUUCUGUUGUGAGAUCAGAAAGGAUGGAAAGAAAAGCACUUCAGCUAUGUCAGCAGAGGAGAUCUAAGAUUGUAGAGGACAUUAUGUCUGAGCAACAAGAACAUUUUGAAAACAUAAACGAUAGCGAUGAGGGUGCAAAAAUAUGUAAGAUCCUUGAGAGUGCUGCUGAGCCAGAAGUAAUAAUGGCCGAAAUGAGCUCGGAGCAGCUGGUCUCUUUCUCGUCUUAUCAGGCAAAGAAAAAUGCUAUCAGGCAAUCUAAUGUUAAUAAGAAGAUUGAAAAAGCUCUGGAAGAUUCAGGACUUAGUUCUAGGGAUAUCACUCCUUUUAUGAAAGUUAGAGUGGUGGGACUUACCAGUAAAAGCUCGAACAGAAAGGGCCGCCCCAGAGAAGGCUUGAUUACUAUCUGGAAUCCAACAGAGAAACAUAAAAUCGAUCUGGUGGAAGGGCAAAUAUACUCAGUUACAGGACUCACGCCACUGAACCACGCCAGCGACAUCCUGCACUUGCGAGCAAGAGGAUCUUCUACAGUAUGGAGACCCUUACCUUCCACAGAUACUAAAAAUUUUGAACCAUUUUUCUGCCCUCGCAAAGCAGUCCUUUUGUCAAACUUAGGCGAGGUUCCUCUUGCAAGUGAGUUUGACGUUGCAGCUGUAAUUGUGCAUGUGGGGGAAGUUUAUUUAUCCGAAAGCCAGAAAAAGCAAUGGAUCUUUAUGACGGAUGGAUCUGGAUCCACAUCCGAAAUACAGUUUGAAGAAAUGUAUAAUCGUCUUCUGGCUGUUAGCUUUUGUUCGCCAACCACUGAUAAUGAUUCAUCCGCAAUAUUUACCAACACCCUUUCAGGGACCACAGUUGGAUUAUGUAAUCUUAUAAAGCAACCAAGAGAUCAAAUCAAUCAUUUUUGGGUAGCAGAAGCAACAGAAAAUUCUACUUGUUCUAUUUCGUAUAACCUUCCUAGCAGUUCUCAUCUCAAGGAAGCUGCUGUCUCUGCUGAGAAAUGGGCUAAAAUGUCUUAUUCGACCAUUCAGAAGAUGAGGAAGAGGGUUUUAUGUGUAGUUGGUGGUCGUGCAAGCUAAGUUCUCGAAUGACAUGGCAAUUUGGUACAGCAGGGUACAAUUUCAGAUUCAGCAACCGUGAACAGAAUAUGCGAGGUCUGGUUUCGAAAGGAUAGCUCUAGUACUGUACAAUACAUAUUUUGGAUUUUAUCAUCAACUUGAUGCCAGAAGAGAAAGGUGGUUGAAUUACUACUUCUACAAGGCUCAAGAAAGGUAGUGAUCUUACUCUGACAAUAAAAACUAUCGCAAGCAAGCCCUAUUUUUUUCCUGGCGUCCAAAUUUUCGGGUGUUUGUGUAGAUUUUGAUGUCAAGGAGCCAUAAGAAAAGCUGAUGCUUUGUCCAUAGAAAGCCUAGAAAUCAAUAGAUUGGAGCUACUGAUUGAUCUGGAUUCAAGUAGCACUUGGGUUCAGAGAAGAAAGAAAGUCUAAAAAUCUAUGGUAGUCCCUGUAUUAUCCUUAUAUUGCGACUUGGUCUGUAUACUUUUCAUGUAAACAUUUUUCCCUAAACUUCAUGGUAUAGCAUUUUAAUCCUCGACCAUCAAAAACAUCUAUUUUUAUAAACAGGCCGAGCUGUAAGUGAUUCGUAUUAGUUUUACUUUGACUAAGGUUAGAAGGUCCGUUUUACAGCAAGAUUCAAAUUCUUUUUGACGGUCAGGAACAAAAGUGAAAUAUAUGUGAAAAUUUAGGGAUCAAAGUAUUUAAUUUAAAAGUAUAAGAGCUUAGUCAUGAUAUCGGAUACUACAGGGGUCGCCCACAUAUUUUACUACCAAAAAAUAUGAAGAUAUUAUCCUGACAUGCAUUCAGGCAUUGUAUUGAUGGCUACUAAAUAUUUAAUAGUAUCGUAGUGGCAAUAACAUUCCUCAA